CGGAUUGUAACUGGUUAUACGAGUAAUCGUGACGCCGUUAAUACAAAUAAAUAUAUGAAAUUGUGAACUUAUGAAAUGUAUUAUAUUUGAAAAAAAACGAAAACAUGCGAAUUGAACGUAUGAGUAGAGCACUUACAUUUUGGACACUAGCUACAUUUGGUAUAAUGUUGUAAACCGUGUAGUAUGUCAGUGCAGGUGAACCUUUUUGGGCUUUCAUUAAUUAAAAUGCUAAAGAAUCCAAGACUUCGUAUGAGCGGUUCGCAGACGUUUAUUUUCAGGCCAACAGAUGGAAACUCUUUGGGUGCACACAAAUGCACCCACCGGGAUUGCAAGUUGGUAUUUCGCUAGCGCUGGAACCACGAAAAGGAUGCUGGCCGUAUUCUAGAUCAAGGACAAAGUAAAAAGUGUCGGAGUGAGUCGGCCUCUUGAAGUUUAACUUGGACAUCAGUCAUCUUACUUUCAGCUUAUUAUAACAUAUCAAUCUGAUUAGAUGAAACGCUGUACAAUAAAUUCUCAUAAAAUCAUUACCGAGAAUGAUACCGUUUCGUGGGUUCAACAAAUUGUAAAGACAUAACAUGAAUAUGUCGUGGAUGGUUACGAGUUUCAUUAUCUGGAUGGCUGAAACCCAAGAAUUUGAAGAAUCACAACUAAACUGUCAAGAACUGUUAGGACACACCAAUGAGUUCACAGAUACAGGAAAACUUAGGAAAGGUUUUAUUCAUUUUUGGAGAAAUUUUGCUUAUGAGGAAGAGGGUCGACCAUUCAUUCAAGUUAACCAUGAUGUUCAGAUGGAAGGUAUUGGAGAGGUGAUACAUAAAGAAUGGAAACUUUUUAGUCCUGGAAUUGUUUUAGUUGUGGUUUCUAACAUCAAAUCUCUCAGUGGAUGCAAGAACACCAGCAGACUGGAUGAUUUGCUUAAGGGUUUAGUUAUGGCAGCUAAUACAACAAGAAUGUGGAUUGUGACUCAUGGAGCCAACAUUGGAAUAGCCAAAGCUAUUGGAGAUGCUUUUCAUAAAGCACUCCAACUUGGUCAGUCGUCCUUUUGUCACAAGCAUCUUGGUCAGUCUAUGCCUGUUUCAACAUCUUAUGCAGUUAUUGGUAUUAUUAGGGAAGACUUAGUUGAGUAUGCAGAGAUCCUUAAUAAUCUUGGACGUGUGGAAAUUGAAAAUGAUGGAAACCUACCAGAAGAAAACAAAUAUGAGCUGAAUCCAGACCAUUCACAUUUUAUAAUUGUUAGAGAUGACACCGUUGCUAAAAGAGGCAUUCACCACUUCUUGUUUCGUUUAGAGCAGUACAUUAUUGAUACUGAGAAAGUAACAGAAAUGGAAUUAGAGGGAGAAGCUGAAACACAUGAUUACAAGUGUCAGGUGGAAGGCUCAAAGGUUCCUGUGAUAGCAUUACUGGUUCAAGGAGGGUACGAAUGUGUGCAUAUUAUCCUGCAGCAUCUACUGAACCACUGCCCUGUGUUGGUAGUUCAGGGAAGUGGAGGGCUUGCUGACAUACUAGCAUACGCAACAUGUAUAAGAGUGACUCAUGGAAGAUGGAACCCAGAAUUUGUGGAAAACUUCUUGAAACCACAAAUAACUUCAAAAAUUGCAGAAAAGUUUCCGGACCUUGAUGAAAAUACCACAGCCAGUAGUAUUUUUAGAGAUAGAAUACUAGAAUGUGUACAACACGCACAGCAGGGACAACAAACCUAUCUGAUGAUCUUAAAUACUCAUAGUCACUUAUGUGACCUGACGAAUCUGGAUGAAUACAUUCUCAAAGCUCUCUUUCAGUCUCAGAAGCCUGAUGCUAUAAAAUGGUAUAACCAGAUGGAGAAAAACCUCUAUCUCAGUAUUGAUUGGAAUUCUCCCAACGUAGCACUCAAUGAAGUGUUCAGAAAAGAUCUUACAACUAAAUUCAAGAUUUCCAAAGAACUAUUUGAACAGGCUUUGUUUCGUUCAGACCGAGAAAGGUUUGUAAGUCUCUUCCUAAAUGAAGGCUUUCAAAUUCACAAGUACUUGACACCCAAAAAGCUGAAAAACAUGUUUCUUCGAGUACAAAACCAGGAGUUCUUUCAGACUGUUUGCUGGGAAGGAGUUCUUGGCUAUGGAAUGCUGUCAAAGAGAGGACAAAACUUCCUUGAAGGAGACUUGAACAAACUUAUUCAAGCCACAACUGGUUUUUCCAAGUUUGUUUCUUCUCAGAGACUUUCCCUGAAUGCAGCAGGCAUGUAUGUCGGUAGUCCUGCCACAGCUGAAAGGAAAGCGCUCACACUUAUGACAAUGUGGGCAAUCUUCGCUAACAGAACAGUACUAGCAGAAGUCCUAUGGCGGAAUUCGGACCAACCUAUCCAUUUGGCUCUUGUUAUUUCCAACAUUUGUAGUAAAUUGACAAAUUAUAUUUCAGAAUCAACUUACAAGUUAAAGAUUAUGAGAACCAAACGUAAAUUUUCUGAAAUGGCAACUAGAAUACUUAACAUAAGCUAUAAAGAUGCAAGCUGCCGAUCGUUUGAUGUUCUGAGUCAAGAAAGCCCUGACUGGUCAUACAAAACUGCAGUGGAGCUUGCAGCUGAAGGCAAGAAUCAUACGUUUUUAGCCCAUCCUUGUUGUCAAAAGUGGUUGACAAGGCUUUUUUAUGGAAACAUUCAUAUCAAAGAGCAUACCUGGAAUGCUGUUAAGUUACCUUUGUGUGUUAAGGUAUUACUCUGUGCAUUCUUCAUUUUUCCAAUGUAUUUUUGGGUGAAAUUCAAAACCAAUCCAAAUGAUAUCCGGGCAAGUUUCGUUGAUGAUACUACAGACUCUGAUGAGGAAACAGAUGGUAUGGGAAAGUCUAAAGAUUCGAUUCAUAAACAUUUAAAACACAAGACCAGUUCACCCUAUAUUUGGUCUGCAGAUGUAGUAGGAGAUCACAAAAGAGAAUUACCACAGAAAUCCAUAAAUGGUGUUACAGUCACACAUCCAUCAAUAUUUAGAAUGAUCUAUCUUAUGUGGAGUGCUCCUGUUACCAAAUUAUGGACAUUCCAGGUUUUUUACAUAAUUUACCUUGGGUUGUUCAGCAUAGCUGUUCUAUGGCCAUCUUGUGGAAAUUUCUAUUUAGAUGUUACUGUUUGUGUCUGGACGUUUCUUUUGGUUGUGGAGGUCAUCAGACGAACAUAUCGUCUAUACAUGAGAUAUCCCAGUGCUCCUCUGUUGCUGAAGUGUUGUGAAAUCCUGUUUAUUAUAUCCUUUGUCAUUCUGUUUUCAAUUGGCCGUAUUUUUCAUGUCGGUGACAUUUUUGAUCCCUAUAAUGAAAGGGUACUGAUGUGUUUUGGACUGCUGUACUUUUAUUAUCGCCUCAUUGCUAUAUAUCUCCCAUUAUCUCCAACUUUGGGACCUCUCCUAUAUAAAGUGAAAUUGAUGGUAACUGUGGACUUUGUAAACUUCAUGCGUAUGGCCAUACUCGUGAUUAUUAGCUGUGGAGUGGUCAUACAUGCUGUCAUCUACCCAGACUUCCCAUUAAGCAGUGAACUUUUCAGGCGGACGUUUCAUAGAGCUUGGUUCUCCAUAUUCUUAGCACCAAUUGAAGACUUAGAAGUUCAGGAAAGAUGUCAGUCAUUAAGAGUUUCCCAGAAAACUACUCACUCUUGUUUUGUUGGUAACUACAGAGAUUACACCUGUCCUACAACUGGUGUUUGGCCGUACGUUUUCUCUAUACAGUACUUCGUCCUUUUGAAGAUGAUCCUCCUCACCAUCCUAUAUGCCACUUUCACUGCUAGGGCAUCUAAGAUAGAUGAUAAAACCGUUUCUAUCUGGAAAUUCCAGCGGUAUCAGUUAAUUGUUGACUUUGCAAACCGUCUUCGACUUCCUGCCCCUUUGAAUAUUUUCAGUUAUUUAAUUGGAAUUGUUAAGUGGAUGUAUGGACUAUGCUGUAUGAAAUGUAGGCAGACCUCUAAAAAAUAUGAUGGAAGUUUAUUCAAUGAAAAUGUGGCUGGAUACUUUAACGAAGAAGACAAUAACUACUGGAAACAUUUAGUUCAAGAGUACUAUAAACGUCAAGAAAAGAGUAUAAAAGAGGAUGACCUAUCAAAGAAACAGCUUCAACUCUUAACAACAAUAGCUGAAGAUAUUGACUACGAGAAAAAUAUGAUGAUACAAGUCAAAGGUCUAAUAAGAGAGCUAGACAGAAUUAUGAACCAGGCUAAAGGUUUUGUAGAAGACUUUAAAAAAAUGUCACAAAAGGAAGUUUCUGUGCAUCAAAUCUUCCUUCAUACUCUUGCUCGAAAAAGUCCUUACCCAGGAACUAUGGUUCAUCGAUUUCCAGUUCCAGAUAAAUAUGUACCAUGGGAAGUUUUGUGGGUGGAAUAUGAGCCUGUUAUUUACACACGCCAUUAUUCUGAAUUUCCAGUUUCUCUUCAGCCUUUUAUUGAUGAAGAUAUACUGUAUCUAAUCAAGACCAAAGGUACCAUUCCUGUUUCUAAAUGGAAUUCUCUAUCGACUACUGUAGAAGGGUUUCUUGUUGAUAGACAGUCUUGGAUUCUAAAUUAUGACAAGACAACAUUGGAGUAUAAGUUAGAUGAGGAGGGACUUCCUGUAAAUCCAUUUGGAAGAACUGGACUGCAAGGGAAAGGAACCUUGCCACGCUGGGGACCAAACCAUUAUAUAUUUGUUGUUAUAACUAGAUGGCAAAAAAACAAACUGGUUAGAGAAGAAGACAAAGGUUUAGAGUUUAUUGCUUUUACAGAAGACGACCUACAUGAGAUUUCUUUGCCAGGGGGUCUUGUAAGUGGAGAAAACAAAUACAAUGGUAUUUGUGGACUCUUUAAGACUGAAGCUGAAGGUAGUUUUCAAUGGCAAAAUGAUGAAGAUAUGAUACAGUUUUUCAAGAGUUGUGGAGUAACCUCACAAAACUUAGAUAGUCAGACAGAAACUCGGGCAGAUGUAAUAUGUGAUGUUAUACAUCGUGGAUAUAUGGAUGAUCCAUGGAACACUGACCAGGCAUGGCGAGAAGCUGAAAUGUGGAACAUUCAUUUCCAAAAUGAAGAACACAUCACUGAGAAAUUGCCGAUGAACUUGAACUGGAUACUAAUCACUGAUGAUAUUUUCUUAAAACUGCCUGACGGUGAAGCUAUGCUUCUUCACAAGAUAACAGAAAAUUUCCGACGAAUUAGACAUUGAGUCAAUAGCUCAUUGAUUAUCUGUCACGCUCGAGUCUCAAUUUGUUUUCGACAAGAGUUAUUUUUCCACGUUUUUUUUUUUUUUUUAUGGUACAAAAUUGUAUUGUUUAGAAAACCAUCAAAACAAAGAUUUGUAGCCCAUUGAUAGAAUAUUUGUUACUUAUUUCCUUGAAAGGUAUAAUUUAAAAUACAAGUUUCUGGUUAUUUUUCAUUUGAUUUUUGUCUUUCAAAGUUACAAAAAUAAUUAAUAUACUUGUGAUUUUAUUUACGUGUAUGUUAUGAAUGAUUGUACUAGAAUUUUAAACCAUUCCACUUUAGAAAACUAAUAUAACUUUAUUACUGUUGUUUGUUUGCUUAUACAUACAUGGGAAUGAUUCAAAUGCUAUCAGUGUUGAUAUUUUGAAAAAAA